AACGUGUUGGCUAACGGUGUAUGUCCAUAACCCAACGUCAAAUUACCAUUGAGGUAGUCAUUGUAAUUUGAUUUUCGUCGUAAACUCAAUUUCAUAUUUUUGUUAGUUGUUGCUGUGGACUCGAAACUCCCAAGAACUCAUUUUCCCAGUAACCCUUGCGAGCUUUACGUCGUUGUGCGUCAGCUCCCCAGUCCCCCCACCAUCACCGUUCUACAGAGGAAGAAAGGGGGAGACGGGCAACCUAUACAGAACGCUUUCACACAAAUAUGAGCGGCAGCGGGCGGCCCAGGACCAGCUCAUUUGCUGAGCCUCCCGGAGCUCCCGGAUCCGCUGCAGCCGGUGCCGGAUCAGCAGUAGCCGGUGGAAGCUCGACAGGAAAAACUGGGGCUUCUCAAGCCAGUGGAAGCAGCUCGGCGAGCUUUGGGAAUUUAAAACUGCCUAGAGACAGUGGCAAGGUGACUACGGUGGUAGCCACACCUGGCCAGGGCCCUGAUCGUCCACAAGAAGUGUCCUAUACAGACAUAAAGGUUAUAGGAAAUGGCUCCUUUGGAGUGGUCUACCAGGCUCGGCUUAUUGACAGCCAGGAGAUGGUGGCAAUUAAGAAAGUUCUCCAAGACAAGAGGUUUAAGAAUAGGGAGCUGCAAAUUAUGAGGAAAUUGGACCACUGCAACAUUGUGAGGCUACGUUACUUCUUCUACUCCAGUGGAGAGAAGAAAGAUGAGGUGUAUUUGAAUCUGGUGCUGGACUUUGUCCCUGAGACAGUGUACAGGGUGGCUCGGCAUUUCAACAAGGCCAAGACCACCAUCCCCAUCAUCUAUGUUAAGGUGUACAUGUACCAGCUGUUCCGCAGUCUGGCUUAUAUCCAUUCCCAGGGUGUGUGUCACAGAGACAUCAAGCCCCAGAACCUCCUGGUGGACCCAGAGACGGCCAUCCUCAAACUCUGUGACUUUGGCAGUGCAAAGCAGCUAGUUCGGGGGGAGCCAAAUGUGUCCUAUAUCUGCUCACGGUACUAUCGUGCCCCAGAACUCAUCUUUGGUGCCACCGAUUACACGUCCAACAUUGACAUCUGGUCGGCCGGCUGUGUGCUGGCUGAGCUGCUGCUGGGCCAGCCCAUCUUCCCUGGGGACAGUGGUGUGGACCAGCUAGUAGAGAUCAUCAAGGUCCUGGGGACACCAACAAGGGAGCAGAUCCGGGAGAUGAACCCUAACUACACAGAGUUCAAAUUCCCUCAAAUCAAAGCGCACCCUUGGACAAAGGUGUUUAAGCCUCGAACCCCACCAGAGGCCAUUGCCCUCUGCUCUCGACUGCUGGAAUACACGCCGGUAACCAGGCUGUCUCCCCUGGAAGCAUGUGCGCACGCUUUCUUCGAUGAGCUGCGUCAGCCCAACACCCGCCUGCCCAGCGGACGAGAACUGCCGCUCCUCUUCAACUUCAGUCCCGUUGAGCUGUCUAUCCAACCCCAGUUGAACUCCACACUCAUUCCUCCUCACGCUCGUGCACAGACAUCGCCUGCCUCACAUGAGGGCAGUGUGUCAGACAGUACCGCCCAGCCCAGCUCAACACCUGGAUCCAUCAACAACAGUACCUGAGCAUCCAUCCCUCUGUCAUCCUUUCUUUUUGUCUUCCCCAUUUUCCUUUUCUGUCCUCUGCUCUUCUCCCUCUCAACCUUCCUCCUGGCUCCAAACCCUUAAAAUAGAAAAGAAAUAACUAUACACACCCACAUAAACACUCAGCUUAGCUAUUUCCCCUGAAUUGUAACCAUUUCCAAUAGAAAGCAAUUUCUGUGGCUGAUGGCUUCAGGAAGGUGUAUGGUUGUUUUAUGGAUAAUUAGAAAGCCACGCUUGGGCCUAAUAUAAGCUGCAGUUCAAAGUCUAUGGUGGCCCUCGUCUGGCCUGUUAAUAAAGAAACUGUACAUUGGUUGGGAUGCUUGGGAGAUGAGGGGGGGUUGUACAUGUUAUGUGGAUUUUCUGUAUUAUAAUCUACAGUUGACUUUUAUCCCUUUUUUAUGUUCAUUUUAUUUGCAUUAGCGUAUUUUAUGUGUGGCCGUGGUGCCAUUGAAUGGGGUCCUGAUUGGCUAUGGAGUUGAGAAUGAGGGCCGUGUGUAAGGCCUGACUAAUGUUGACAAUCAUCCUUAGUGGGGUCAAAAAUGGCACUGCUGUAGUGUACAUGCUUGAUCGUACAACCCACUGAACUCUUCUCAAGUAUGGUCAGUUCACCUAGCCCAAAGGUGAACAAAUGUAAAGAUUUUUUUUUAAAUCUCGGAGUUUGAUACCAGACAGAACAUAUUUGCUGAUUUUGGCUCAUUUUAGAUAGAGGUGAUUUUAAAUUUUAUUACAAAGGAGGGCACCACAGCCUGUCUUUACUUUACGCGUCUUUUUGAAUAUUUGUUCCUGAACUGCCUUUUAUGUGAAUGAGAGGGAGCAGAGUGCACAUUUUCAGUUUCUUCUGUAUAAGCUCGUGUUUGCGUUGGUUAAGCUGGAAACCAUAUGUUUCAUGUUAAUUCUCAAGUGAAUAAUGCACAUCUCCAAAGGGAGUAAAAAGGACGCAAAGGGGCAAGUUAUAUGUAGUGUCCAGCUGUUAACAUCACCCAGAGGGAGCAGUUAGUAUGGGGUUCCAGUUGCAUCUGAUACA